AUGAAGACGCAAAGCUGGCAGUUAUAUCAACUGGCGGAGAGAAUCCAUUGGAAGGCGCUCAAGAAUCUGCUAUCGAGUGACCCCGUGCUACGGAUACUGAAUCCUAAGCUAAUCGGAGAGAUACAAGGCCCGAUAUCCCGACCGAAGGUGGCGACUAACGCAGUAGAAGGGAUCAGCGCGAUCAUCCAGCUGCUGCGAGAUGCUGGAUACGUCGCUGAGGCGUUCGAUGCCAUCGAACUGCUGGAAUGCGAUCAGGAUCAGGUGAUCCAUGCGUUCCGAUCGCUGUAUGACAAGCUAAUUCCUCUGAAGGGGAAGUGCGAAUCCGCGGAUUAA